ACCUUUUCCUGGUUUAUCAGGAUAUUACCCUAUCUUCUCUAAAUAAGUCCCUGGUCCACAAGGAAAGACAGACAUAAAGAGGUCGUUCAAAGAAGAAAAGAAGCUCUGUUCCUUGUGCUUCGCUUCGCAAUAAUACAGAAUGUCUGGGGGCCUGUCGCUGGAUGGCUUGUACUAUGGGAAGCUUCCUGUCGUUGGCAAGAGAGAUUGGCUGUUAUAUUACAUAGAAGUAUCAGAGAAGCACUUUCACAUAUUCGAAGGCAAUGAAAAUCCAUCAAGAUCACGAAAGCAUUUACAGAGUUUGGAGAUACAUAGCUCUGACAGAACUGGAGCAGAAGGCAAAGACAAGAAAAAUGAUUUUAAAUUCUAUUACGAUAGAGGAAGUGGAGGAAAAUACAUAUUUAAGUGUCAGAAGCAAGACAAAAGACAAUUAUGGAUUAGUACUUUAGAGAAACUCAUUCAAAAAAGAGAUUAUUACGAAAGAGGCAUACUAAGAGAAGAGAAUGACUUCAGUACAUCACUACCAACUUCACCGAGUCUCACUGCAGUCGAGGUACCCCAACCGCCCCCUCGCUCAACGACCCUACCCGGCAGCCAUCCUCACCACAUACAAACAACACCCCCUCCUCCUCCUCAUUCGAACAGACACCACAAACGGGACAGUGGAUUUGUAAGCGGAACGGGCGUCGUCUCUCAAGGCGGAGGCUACCGUGGCGGGUGUAGUGCCGAUGGAGAAAUCUGCCACAUGAAAAGCAACAGUGGAGAUAGCUCUGUGGUCCAUAACACAGCUGUUAAGCUCACUAAGCAAAGCAACAGUGCCGAUGGGAGCUUCAUGCACGGGCAAUCGUCACAAUCAAUAGAUGAGGAGGAAGAUGAUCUGAGUAGAUACGACUGGUACUGGGGACCGAUGAGUAGAGACGAGUGUGAGAGAAGUCUCAAAGAGAAAGGACAGAUCGGGAAUUUCGUCGUGAGGAAGAACGACAGAGGAAGCUACAUCAUGAGUUUCUGGAGAAAAGACGGUGUCCAUCAUCACAAGAUAGCAAAAUGUGGCCCUCUUUACAAGUUUGAGAAAUCGGCUGUCAAUGCUGAUGGGAUGGGUAUACCUGAUCUCCUGGACACAUACAUGAAACACUGUACUGAUAAAACAAUAGGACCUUAUGGAGGAGAGCUCUAUCCUACGUAUGAUCAAGCAUGGAACCCACCAGAAAUUGAUUUCAACAAAUUUGGUUCCGUACUUAAUCAGCAAAUGCAAGCAACUGGAGCAAAGAGACUCUUCAAACCAGGACUGGAGAUGGACGGGAACACGUACGGCGGAAUGUCACUCAAACAAAUAAAAGACGUUAUAGACAAGACGGAAGCAAGCAGCAACGAGUCUUUCAUACUCCCCAGCGCUGUAAAGACACCAUUCCCUGCUCCGGUACCAAUAGUAAAACACCCAAUAGUCCCAACGACUAGUAAGCAACCAGUAAUGCCACCAACUAAUAAAACAGGCCCUCCAACUAAACACAAACCAUUACCUGCUCCUCCUAAAAAGCCUCCACCAGGAUAUGUCAACUUAUUACCAACUAACUUACCUCCUGCUAAUUCAGGCGGACAUAACCGGACGCCCAGUACAGAUUACAAUAGUGAAGAGGAGGAGUAUGAUGAUGAUGAUCAGGAGGUCUACAUUGCUCCGGGUGAGAUUGAAGACGAGCACCCAAUAUAUGAGAAUCAUGGCCCCACUGGCUCGUCGCUCCAACCAAACAGUCCUUAUGCUAACGUAUCGUAUGAUAAUAACGGAGGAGGCGGGGCACCUGGGGCUGGUGGAUUAUAUCAGAAUGUUACUUACGAUGGAAAACCUCACACACCCCCACGUCAAAUCAAACCAAGUCCUUCACCCAGUAGACCGCGACGCAAGUAAACUUAAAAUUGUGCUGAUAUAUUAUAGGUAUUGGAAAAUACUAUUUGUGUCCACCUGUGAUGUUCUUUUUCUAACACUGACACUAUGUGAAUGUAAUAUAACUCUUUGUGUGUGUAUGUGCGUGUGUGUAUAUGAUUAAUCGUACUAUUUAUGUGUCUCAUUUUUAACCUUUAUAUUAAUUAUCAUUGUUUUUGCUGAUUUUUUGUAUUUUGAAUAAUUUUAUUUGUGGUUACAUGUCAAGUAAUGUUGCUUGCCUUUGCAAUGAUGAAUAUUCUACCUAA